AUGGAUAAACUUGAAAAGACUGAAGUGGAGAAAUCUGAAGUGUCACAUAUUGAAAGCAAUAUUGAAAGCGGCACAAAGUCAAGGGAUUUUUUUGAGGUUGAAAAACCUGAACUGUUAAAGCAGUACAGCGAUGAAGAGAUCGAUAAAUUCCACAAGAAGAUUACUCGAAAAGUCGACUUGAGAUUGAUUCCUAUGUUGGUGUUUUUGUACAUUUUAAACUAUCUUGACCGAAAUAACAUUGCAAGCGCUAGACUAGGUGCAUUGGAAGAGGAUUUGAAUUUGAAGGGUAACCAAUAUGAGACUUGUAUCUCCAUUCUUUUCGUUGGUUAUAUUCUUAUGCAAAUUCCUGCUAACAUGUUUUUGAACAAGUUCAAAAAACCAUCAAUUUUUCUUGCCUCAAUCAUGGGUGCUUGGGUACAAUUUCCCUCUGUACUGCUGCCGUCCAGGGCUUUGGUGGACUACUUGCCUUGUCUCUAUGUGUUGUCCUGUUGGUAUACAAGAAAGCAGCUUGGCUUCAGAAAUUCCUUGUUGUAUUCUGGAUCUUUACUUUCUGGUGCCUUUUCAGGUUUGAUUGCCGCUGGAAUUGUUGACAACAUGGACCACCUUCAUGGGUUGAGAUCUUGGAGAUGGCUUUUCAUUAUUGAAGGAGGAGUUACAGUGGGAGUCGCUCCAUUGGCUUACUUAGUCUUGCCUGAUAUGCCUCACAACUCAAAAAUGUUGAAUGAUUUUGAAAAGGAUGUCCUUUUAUACAAAAUUAGAUGCGAAACAGGACAAGAUGACAGCGAUGAGACAAACGAAGAAUCAUACUGGGGUGCUUUCAAGUUGGCUGUCUGUGACGUUAAAGUUUGGGCAUGUUGCGGUAUACUCUCAUGGUUGGUCUCAGCAGCAGGUGUUACUAAUUUCUUUCCCUCCAUUGUUGAGACACUCAACUUCGAUCGUGUCAUCACUUUGUGUCUUACUGCUCCUCCGUAUAUCCUUGCUGUCAUAAGUACCUUCAUAUGGGCACUUCAUGCUGAUAAAACAGGAGAACGUUUUUGGCACGUUGUUUCCCCUCUACUUAUUGCAUUGGCAUCGUUUAUUAUUUCAGUGUCUACCUUGAAUACCGGUGCGCGAUACUUUGCUAUGGUAAUCAUGGUGCCCUCAAUCUAUUGUUCGUUCACCACAAUUUUAUCUUGGAUGUCCAACUCUGUUCCCCGUCCACCAUUGAAACGUGCCAUCGCACUUUCUUUGUUGAAUUGCUUGUCGAACUCAGCUUCGAUCUGGAAUGCUUACUUAUAUCCAUCAUCUGCUGCUCCACGUUACACCGUUGCAUUCACAUGUAAUUGUGUUUUUAUCGCACUUGCAAUUGCUUGCGCAGUUGCAUUAAGGUUAAGAUUGCAAAUUUUGAACAGAAGAAUCGAUAAUGGAACCAUGAACUGGGAAAAUGAGCUAGGCAAAGGAAAUGACGGAUCGGAAGUUAGGGAUGACUUCAGAUACUUGAUUUAG